UUGAGACUAUCGAAUUAAUCAAAGUCAACGCCUUCUUCUGCCAAUCCUAGCCCGCUGCUAGCAUUAAUUACUGCCUAUCCUGGACCCUGGAUCGGCCGCUAGUGCCCGUUAGAGCCCAGCUGCCCCAGCCAAAUCAAGUCAUCCAUCGGUCACCGUCGAGUGAUGCCCCUCGGAAACUGCGCGUAGCUUCUCCAUUCCUCCCGGGGGCAGCUCAGCGUCUGCUUGCACCUCUCUUCUGUUUCUUUCUUCUUUCUCUCCACCACAACAACCACCCGCACUCUCACAUACACAAACACCAAUCAUCAGGCGGACUCGACGACGACGAGACAGACGCUCCUCUGCUGCGCCCUGCAGAGAAAGGGAGGAGCAUGGACUUGUCCGACUCGGUGGUGGCCCCUCCGCUGGAACGAUCCGUCUCGCAGCAGAGCAACACGUCGUAUCGCUCGCAUCGCAGCAUCCGCACCGGCCGCCAUCGCGCGCUCCUCAAUCACCACCUCAGCAGCUCGGCCAGUAGCAUCGCCGAGAGCGACAAGUCCUUGACGAGCUUCCCCAGCUUCUCGCCCGAGCUGCCGGGCACCGACCGCUUCGCCGACGACCACGACGACGAUGCCGACUACAACCAGCUCACGGCCGCCAUCCGACAGCCCGACAGGACCGUCCGUGCCAAGGAGCUGAGCGGCGCGGGCUCCUCCAUCGUCGACAGCCUGACGUGGCGCAACUCUGCCCGCGAGGCCCUCUUUGAGGAUGCGCCGCUGUCGCAAACCGUGCCCGGCGCCCUACACAAGGCAGACGACAAGCACAUCGAGCGCUUGAUUGCUCGACACGGCGCAGUGACGCUGGUUAGGCAGAUUGCAAGCGAUCUUGCGCAGCGAGAUGCACAGAUAUCCAGCCUGCGGCGGCGGGCCGAUGAACGCGAGAGGGCAUUGAGGAAGAUUAUACGCGAGUGUGGCCUGUCCAGCCUGGAGCUGGAGACGAGGCUGAGGGUGGUGGAGACCGAGCUGCGGAAGAACGGCCACUUUUCAAGAGAUGGAGGUGGACUCAGCGAUCUGAUGAGUGACGCCAUGGGGGGCGCAGUGACGGAGAGUGCGCAUGGGGAGACGGGCAUAGCAGGCGCCACGAUUAGAGCCAGCAGCGGUUCUGCCCUGCCCAGCAGCUCUGACAGCGUCAAGGCACCGGGGACCGUCAAGGGCUGGAAAGACUACAUCUGGGGCGGCACAACGAGGAGGACCAGCCUCAAGGAUGGCGCGCCCAGCAGCAACAGACCUACUGUGAUACGAUCGCAUUCCAGCCUCGCCCAGCGACCAGCGCUGCAGGAUGACCUCUUCGACCCUCCCGCCACUCCGACAAGCAGCGGCCCUGCCAAGAACUCUAGCCGGCCGUCUAGUAUACACUCGGCCUCCACUCCCGAUCGCAAAGGUUCUGCAUCGCUUGCAAGCCUGGCGCUGAGGCUCGUGGCCGGCGGCGCUGUUGCCAGUCGUGAGGCAGAAGCCAGAGGACGUGCCGUUAGCAGUGCUGCCAGAACAGAGACGACCAGGGCAGGCUCGGCGGCUAGUAACCACACCAACCGUUCAUCCCGAGCCGUGUCUGUCGCUGGCGGCCCCAAAGCAUUGAUGGCAAUGGGGAGAUCGACGCCGUCCAACUCCUCGAUCGCCGGCGUAUCGAAAUCCCAAGCCCAAGACCCGCGGGGGAGCGGCGCUGGAAGCUCGCCUGGUCCAUCAUCCUUGCGUGCAGACAAGUUUGGGCCCGUUGAGAUGGACGCCAUACUGCCCCCAGAGUCUCAGCCUCCAACGCUCACGCGCAUCUACAACAAUUACCCCAACAGCGAAUUUCUAACCGAUCGGUUUGGCUUCAUCUACGACCAGCGACGCAAGAAACGGCAACGGGAGGCUUCGCAGAUGGCACAGCAUAUUUCAAACGGCCACCGCAGAGAACUGCUAGGAAACGGCCGAGCAGGCAUCUCACCCAACAUGCUGGACGACGUGCCGAGUUCCAAGGUGAGCGUAUCUAGUGAUCCACGGCCAGGGAGCCCAAGCAGCCAGGAGGAGAGGGCUGCUGGUGAGGACAAGGCGAAGCGCUGGCAGGAUUACCUAAAGAUUGCGACCUUUCCCACCGAGCUGCUGAGCCAUACGCCUGGCAUAAGCGCCACAACUGUGUCUGUGACCGAAGGCGCCGACGAUCGAGCCAGUUCGAACUCCAGCCAGCGGCUAGUUGAGCGCUCAGCUCGUUCGCCUGCGAUAACCCCGACCGAGUCAGGGCUCGUUCCCCUGGCCAGCACGACGACGGCGAUUGACCACGAGACUACUCUCACACAGCCGCCAUCUGAGGACCCAACUCUAGGGACGCUGGUCAAGGAAGAUACAGAGCCGGUAAAGCUGCUUCUUCAGCAGCUGAGCGAUCUGCACGAUGCCCUUCAGCGAGAUAAGACUGCCCAAUGGAAUGAAUUUCUGCGCAAAGUCAGGGCCGAGAGGCAGCGUGAGGGCGAGGCGGCGCUCGCCGCUGCGACGGCAGCUGCCGAAGCUCGAUUCGAGCGCCUAGGGAUAAUCCAGCCCGAGGAGCAGGUGGCUGAUGGAGAAAUGAUUGGCAUCUCUAAUCUGGGCAACAAGGGCAAAGUUGGACGAGCGAAAUGGAACGGCUUCAAGGCGCUGGUGUUGGGCGGCAUCCCUGUCAGCUAUCGGGCAAAGGUGUGGUCAGAGUGCUCAGGGGCAACGGCGCUGCGUAUUCCUGGCUACUACGAGGGGCUUGUCUCUCAGAGCGGGGAGGAUGACGACCCUACGGUUGUGAGCCAGAUCAAAAUGGACAUCAACCGGACGCUCACAGACAACAUCUUUUUCCGAAAGGGUCCUGGCGUGCAGAAGCUUAGCGAGGUGCUGCUGGCAUACUCGCGACGGAACAAGGAUGUGGGCUACUGUCAGGGGAUGAACUUGAUUACCGCCAAUAUUCUUCUCAUUACGCCGUCUGCUGAGGAGGCGUUUUGGAUUUUAGCAUCGAUUAUCGAGAAGAUCCUUCCUCACGGGUACUACGACCACUCUCUCAUAUCCUCGAGAGCAGACCAACAGGUGCUGAGGCAGUAUGUUCGGACGGUUCUUCCCAAGCUGUCAGCGCACCUCGACUCGCUAUCCGUUGAACUCGAGGCCCUGACUUUCCAGUGGUUCCUCUCCGUGUUUACAGACUGCCUCUGUGCCGAGGCUCUCUUCCGUGUCUGGGAUGUGGUGCUGUGCACCAACGAUGGAAGCACGUUCCUUUUCCAAGUUGCCCUGGCGCUGCUCAAGCUCAACGAGAGCAAUCUGCUGCGGUGCGACACGCCGGCUGGAGUGUAUACUUAUAUCAACCACCAGAUGACGGAGCAUGCCAUUAGCAUUGAUGGAUUGAUCCAGGCGAGCGAGGGGUUGAGACGAGUUGUGAGACGAGAGGAGGUGGAGCAGCGGAGGGCGGCGGCUAUUCAGGCUGAGAGGGAUAUGCUCGUUGGGAGAGAUGCUGGAGGGGACAGUGCACAUACAGAUACGGAUGCGACGGAGACUGCUGGUGAUGGUGAUGGUGAUGGUGAUGGUGAUGGUGAUGGUGACGAGGACUCAAGCUGAGUCUGAGUACUGCAUUUUAAGAGGCGGUGUUUCACAAAAAAAAGGGGUUGAAAAAAGUUCUGAUCAGAAUGGACCGGGGAUUGGAGCACGAACGUUGAAUAUGAUACCCAUCACAAAUUGUAGCCUACGCUGCUACAACUGCCUUUUUUUUUACCCCUUUUUUUUCCUUUUUUUUUUUUCAUCUUAUACCAUAUCUCUCUCUUUUAGAAUGUCUUUGGGGAGGGGCUGGCGGAAGGGAAAGCACACGGGCAAGCAAAAAAUACAAAACACUGCGUUUUUUUUUUCUUAAAAAAAAAGGAUAGAUUUGGACUUUUGGACGAAAUUGGUUUUUUUUUUUU